AAAAUGGAAUCUUGAUUACAAUAAUCUGCUGGGCCCCUUGAAUUUUCGUGCUGAAAGACACUAAUCAUUAAACGCCACCAAAUUCUCUAGACAGAAAUCAAAGUCAUACGAUUUUCCUGGUCAAUCAGCUUAACUUUUCUCCAGCUCCAAAGAUCCAACCGUUGAAAUUUAUCUUUAUUGUGUAAUCCAUGCCUUGAAGAUGUUUGUGAAAAGGCCUCUAUAAGAUCUUGAUUUCAUUAGGUCAAUUUGGGCUUGAAACUUUGAUUUUAUUAGGUCAAUACACAUGGGUUUGGGAUAUUUAAGGUGUUGAUGGUGUAUUCAUGGCUAGAGCAACUGUAAAUAUUGGGGGUGAUGCAAAUAGUAGAGCAAGUUCAGGGAUGCCAAGCUUUAUUUCCCAAGCACCAGUUUCUAACACCAUAGGUAGAGAGGCGAAUGCUACACAGACUUCUAAGCGGCCUGAUUUGGGGGGUCUUGAACAGUAUAUUGGAUUUCGUGUAGGGGAUACUGGUAAUGCCACCCAUGUUCUGAAUAGCCAAGCGACUAGUCUGGAUCAUCAUAAUCAGUCUGGUGCAUUCAACAUGUAUGUACAGUCUAGUGCUUCAACAAACGCAAAUUUCUUUCGAUCCGGGGCAGGGCAAGUGCAGAAGGGCAUGCAGAAAAAUCUAGUGUCUGUAACCGGAGCUCAGAAUGAAAACUGGAGAGAGUCAAACAUGGCAGAUUCGAGUUCACACACAGAAACCUCAACAGAUAUGGAUCCUGAUGAUAAAAAUAACAAGUUUGACAUAGGCCAAUCUGUGGAUGUUGGAGCCGGGGAUUCCAGUGACAGAUCGAAGACAUUGCGGAGGCUUGCUCAGAAUCGAGAGGCUGCUAGGAAGAGCAGACUGAGGAAGAAAGCCUACGUGCAGCAGCUGGAGAAUAGCCGUCUGAAGCUGACUCAGCUGGAGCAGGAGGUGCAGCAGGCACGCCAGCAUGGCGCGAUCGUUUCAAGCAAUGGAGAACAAUCUGGAACUGGAAACGGGACCUUAGCUUUCGAUAUGGAAUAUGCAAGGUGGGUGGAAGAGCAGAACAGAAGGAUAAACGAGCUGAGGGUAGCCGUAAACUCGCAUGUUGGCGAUGCUGAGCUGGUUACAAUUGUGGAGAACACUGUGGCACACUUCAACGAGAUCUUCACGCUGAAAGGUAACGCAGCCAAGGCGGAGGUGUUUCACAUCCUAUCGGGAAUGUGGAAGACUCCUGCGGAGAGGUGUUUUCUAUGGAUUGGUGGUUUCCGUCCGUCAGAACUUCUGAAGAUUCUGGUGAGCCAGCUGGAGCCCCUGACGGAGCAGCAGCUGUUGGGGAUCAGUAACCUGCAGCAGUCGUCGAACCAAGCAGAAGACGCCCUCUCGCAGGGUAUGGAGGCGUUGCAGCAGUCUCUAGCUGAGACAUUAGCCAGUGGUUCGACUGCGAAUGUGGCGAAUUAUAUGGGUCAGAUGGCGAUGGCAAUGGGCAAACUAGGCACUCUAGAGGGUUUCCUACAACAGGCGGACAACUUAAGACAGCAAACUCUGCAGCAGAUGCGUCGCACACUGACGACGCGUCAGUCGGCUCGUGCUCUUCUGUUGAUACACGACUACUUCUCGAGGCUCCGGGCCCUUAGCUCUCUGUGGCUCGCGAGGCCCAAGGAAGGGUAGAUGCGUCUAAAGAAGGAAGAGGAAUCUGAGAGGCAAGAAUGGCCCUGCAAAGUGUGGUUUCCAUGUCCACAUUCUGAUUUUAUGAAAUAGGGCAAAUAAUCAUGUAUUCAUAGCUUGAUAUAAUAGACAGAUGAUGAUAGAUCAUGUACAGGCCAGAAGAAGAAUACAAGUCAAUCAAAUUGACUUCAAAAUUCAAAUAGAUGAAAUAAUAUUAGCACAUUCGAACU